AUGACGUCCACUGGUGUGACCAGUGAGAUCGGCUCACGCGAUCUGAUAGAUCACGUGUAAGCCGAAGAUUUUAAGUUCAGAUAAGAAGGCAGGAUGGGUAAAGCAACUUGAACGUUUCGGAGUAUUUUAUAAUAGAAGAUCAGGCGGCUGGUCGGGACGACGCGGACCCAUCGGGUGUGUCGCUGUCGUCGUCGUUGUCGGCACGGGCAAGGUGAAUGAAAUGAAAUGUUUAUUCUUCGCUCACAGACAGAAUUCUGUGGCGUGGAGGAAGAUAACCAGGAAAGUUACAUAGUCGUGAGAGUUUGUGAGAACGGACCUUCAUAUAGUGGUUUUAUCUCCCACGAGAUAUAUUAUCUUCAUACACCACAGUUACCGAUUAAUUUACAGUGAUAGAAAAUUUUCAAGAUGUUAUCCAAAGCUAAGAACUCGUUUUCAACGCGAAAAAAAAUCAAGAAAAAAUCAUUAGGAUUUCAAAUCUUCGCAAAUUUAUGCAGAGCUCUUCGAAUCCUUCAAUCCACCAUAUUGUGGAAAGAUUUAUUUUAUCUUCGAUAAAAAUUUUUAUCGACUUUCCUAUAUUCAGUCGUUCCUCGUGAAUCGGAAAAGAAGUAGGAUCGACUACUUUUACAAAUUGGUGGAGGGAAUCGUCGACUGUUCGUUCGCCAUCAACACGGCGCGCGAAGAACUUGUGGAAAAUAGCGUUCUUCUCCGAGCUUUCGAGGAAUCAUUCCGGGGGAAAAUAAAAUAGAACGGGAAUUUUAUAGAUCUACGAGCACAUGAGGAACGGCGACUCGCUGAUCAACGUGCCCAUCGCGAAUUAUGGCGAGCGCGAGGAAGAGAUCUGUCGAGUCAUGGAAAGCGCUUUGUACGAUCCAAGACUUAUUUUUGGUUUCUUCUCACUACUUAUUAUUCAGGGAUGAAUUCGUGAAGUUUGACGUCGAGAAAGAAUUGGCCGAGUUCAGCAAGUUCACUCUGGACCUCGUCAAACAGAUCGCCCCUCUGGAACCGGAAUGUUCCCUUGAAAAGGAAGAGGAGCCUCAGCUGAAAUGGCUGAACGAGAAACCGGCAAUCAUCAACGUAAAUUCUGAAUUUAUUUCUCGAAAAAAAAAAUUCAUUUUGAUUUGUCAGAAAUUUUAAAUCAUUCUUCAAUUGUACCUUCCUUUAAGAAAAUUGGAGAGCUUUCAAAAAUAAUUUUGUUUCAGAGGAGAUCUUCUCAACGCGAAGAUGACGAGGUCGUCGAAGAAUCGGAGGAUGAAAUGACCGGAAUGACUCAAGAGACGGAAAAAUCUUCUCGAGAAAUCAACAAAAGCAUUUUGCGUGAUUCUACGUUGAACAGAAAUGAUCGAGGGUAAUUUUUGAUCGACAUGAAAACAAAACACAUAAUUAGGAAGCUUUGAGAGAUUCAGUGGGAUAAUUUCGGGAAUUAUUAAAGAUAAAAGGGUCAAAUGUAUUCAUAAAGCGUCAAAAAGUUUUUUUUUUUUGAAAACGGUUUUUUUUUCUUGAAAGAAGGAGUUACCUGAAAGGCUUUUCUGUUGUUUUGCUCUAACUUUUCUUCAUUUUUCCCUACUUCAAAUGUCCGGAAAGUAUGUCAAUUAAUAUUUUUUCAGAAAUUUGUCUGUUUCGUUCGCUUUUGAAAGUCAAGUGAAUCAAGAAGAGGAUUCUUCUUUCUUCAAAACUUUCGGAGUUCCGAUGAGCGCUUCAGAGAAGUAUUAUACCUCUAGAUGAUCGUUUUGCAUUCAAGUGAUGAACUUGCAGCAGCACUCCUGAAGUUAGGCGAAAAAAGUCUUCGGUUUCAAAUAUGGCAACUCCCGCGGUAGUUCCUAACUCUGCGCAAAGUGUCAGGUUUUUUGGUAAAAAAACGGCUGCAAGACAGAAUUUCACAAUAAUUAGAAGCACUCCGCGGGUCUCUGCGCAACUACCACAAAACACUCCGAAAAAGACUCCGAGCGACAAUCAUACGUUUGAUUUAAUCGCUACUUCCUUUUUUAAAAAUAUAUCAGUUCAGAGAAAAGAGAGAAAGUUUCAUCGAACGGAAAAACUCAAUAACUGCACGUCCAGUCCCUGACUCUACUCAAAGCAUGAAGUUCGUUUUGUAACGAUUUUAUAAUAAGUGAAAUUUCUUGAACUGCUCUUCAAAAUGGACGAUGGGAUUAAAAUUUCAAUCAAGCUUAUUAAAAGAAAAUCCAUUCUUAUACUGUUUUAUCAUAAAAAAAAUUACACGGGUUUUUUUUCCGUCACACCUCCAGUGAUCAAUGUCCUUUCUCCUUUCUUUGUUAAUUUUUCACCUCUGUUUCAAUCCUGUUUUUUUUCUUACUUUUUUAUCAGUGAAAUAUUACGCUUUCGAGUAGUUACUUCAAAAAGAAUUUGUAUUAUUAUGAAUUUUCUCUUCGAAAUAAAACAAGAGGAAAAAUCUUGGGGUAACCGUCAAGAUCCGAAAACGCAGUGCGUUAGAGCUGAAUCACGGCUAGGCUGGAAAGCAAAGGUGCGGAGCAUCUUCACCAACCAGGCACUAUCUCUUGAAUUAUUGUGUCAGGACCCUUUUUUCAAUGGCUGAAGCCAGCCAUGAGUGAGCUAUACAAAGAAUUUUUUUCACCAAUUUCGUUUCAUCGCCCAAUUUGAUCUUAUAGAACGCCUACAGAGCGCUCUAGACCUGCUGUUCUUUCUUCUCGUGCUGCAGCUACCAUCCGGAUGAAGUUGUUUCAACUGAUAACUUUUUCUCAGCUUCUUCCGUUUCAGCAUGGACGAAAGUUCGCGGCCUUCUCCGAAACGUGAAAAGCCCCCAAACACUCCAGUCUUCACUCAAAAAAGUAUCACCGGGUUCGUUUUUUCUUUCCAUAUUUCUUUGCUGAGUGGUGGAGUUUUUCACUCAUAAAAUGAGAAAUUAAAAAAAAAAGUUUCAGAAGCGUUCGGUCCGCUGCGGAAUCGUUACAAAAGACUCCUGGAAGUCUUUCCAGCGUCCGUCCCGGGUUGGAUUUUUCUCGUUGUUUCCUUCUGAAUAUAGCAGUUCAGAAAAAAGAAGAUGAGCCUCACAGAAUGGAAGAACUCAAUGAUCGCGCGUUCACAACCUGAUUCUCUACAAAAGUUUGAUUCAGAAAAAAUAUCAAAGAGAAAAAAUGAUCCUAAUUCAAAAAAAGAAAAAAAAAAGUUAAAAGCUUUUGCUUUACCGCGGCGAACUUCUGGAACUUUUUCUCAGAAUAACUUUUUUCCAGACUACUUUGAAAUACUUCUAUUAAUAACUUUUCAUAUAUCCCUUGAACUGAAAUUUUUCAGGAGAAAAAGUGAAGAUUUCAUGGGACGAAAGAAGUCGAUUAUUGAGCGUGUGCUCCCUGAAUUUUCUCAAAAAAAGAAGUUCGUUUGAGAAGCAGUUCUAAAAAUAUACUCGAAUGUUAAGUGAGUCUCAAGAGAAGCGUUCCAGAAUUACUGCUCCACGUGCUCCACUGAACAUCUAUUGGUUAUUCAUUUGAUUAAAUGGUUCCCUCAAUUUCUUCCGUUUUAGCCUUGACGAGUUUUUUCGUUCUGAUCCGAUGCCUGAAAUUCUGUCACAUACCUCAGUUGCCAGUCGAAACAGUCCGAUAGAGUUAAUUCAAUCAAACUUCUCCAUUCUCAUUUUUCCGGAUUCAGAGAAGAUCAAAGUGUGGCGGAGGCCGAAGUUUCUCCACGGGCAGGACAUCAAAAUGUCGCGAAUCGUCCAAAUACUCCAGCUCCCAUGCAGAAAGAUCCAAUGGAGUUUUUUAUACUGUAAAGAUUAGUUCAAUUAUUUUUUGAUUUAGAAGGCAUCAGAGCGUCGCGAAUUCUCCGUAUACUCCGGUUCCCAUGCAAAACCGUCCGAUGGAGUUAAUUGGAAUUGUUGAAACACUUUAGUUCCGUUUUUUGAUUUUAGAAAGCAUCAGAGCGACGCAAAUUCUCAAUUUACUCCACUCACAGUUCGAAAUAUCGAUUCAAGGUGGGUUCAACUGGGUUAAAACAGAAAUAUUAACUAAGAGCUUCGAGCACUAAAGGAAUUUAUAAAUUUCAGAGGAAAUAAUUGGCAAGUAAACGAGAGAUUUUAUUCAAGUAGUAUUCAAAAAUAUAACUUGCAGUUCGUUAAAAAUUAAAAAAAAGUUUUAUUCGUACGAAUGCUGAAAAAGAUUCGCUAACCGAAUUUUUAUAGUAUCUGGUCGUAUAUAGAAACAAGUUCUUUACAAAAAAUGGGGAAAGGUGAAAAAUAAAUCAAAAACUGAAGGAAUCACAGGGCGAAUCCGCAUAGGUUUUUCAUUUUGUUUUUAGAAACUCUGAAGUUCAAAAAUUUUUGUUCAGUUAGAAAUAUAAUUGAAUCUUCUCUUCUACCUUGUUUUCAGAAUUUAUCACAGUGUCGCAAGCGCAAAGGUUCCUCAACAUCUUUCAAUUUCCAUGCAAAACAGUUCGAUGAGGUAAUUAAAAAAUACGGAAACGUUUUAUUAACUUCUUUUUUGUUGUAGAAGGCGCCAAGGCGUCGAUAUUCCUCCACACGUUCCACUUUCCAUGCGAAACAGUCUUAUAGUGUUUAUCAGUAUCUGUAAAGCUUUUCUCAUUUUUUUUUUUGCUUCCAGAAGGCAAGAAGGUGUCGGUAAAACCGAAACUCCGUCCCAUGCUCCAUUUUACACCCCUAACAACAUGAUCGGGUCUUGAGACUGUUGAGAUUUUUGAUUCCCCUUUUUUGUUUCAGAAAGCGCCAAAGUGUCGAUAUCCCUCCACAUGUUCCACUAUCCAUGCGAAACAGUUUUAUGGGGUAGUUCAAAUAAUUGAAACUUUUUUUCAAAUUUCAUUUUGUUUUUAGAAGGCAUCAGAGUGUAGAAAAUACACCGCGUACUUCAGUUUCCGUACGAAACAAUCUGGAGGGGUUUAUUGAUAAAGUGAAGCUUUCCCCAUAUAUUUUAAUUUCAGAAAACAUCAAACAAUGGGUUCAUAUACUCCAAAAAAAGUUCAAAAUACCGGUUCAAAGUAAUUUCCGAGUAAAUAUGAUUAAAAAUUUUGCGUGAUUUGAAGAGACAGUACUGGAACGGUUCAGCGAAACAAAGAGGACUUCAAUUUCCAAACUCCUGUUCUUUCGCAAAAUUUCCGUUUCGAGUUGGUUCCUCUCUUUCAUAUCUAACACAAUCUCCAAAUUUAGCAGUAAUCCACGAAAAGACUCGCAGCGUUCAAAUAUUCCGCAAAAGUUGAACAAUCCGGCUUCUCAUGAGUUCUAUCAACCUAUAUAACUCGGAAAAGUCGAUCAAUUUUCAGGUUUGGCCAGAGCAGCAGUCAAUUCCUGAGAGAAGCUGUCAACACUGCAGGACUUUUUCGAACGUCAGUUCAUUUUUUAAGCUCCCAAGCGAACGGCUUUAUAUUCUUGAACAUUUACGGCGUUAAUGAGUUCUAAAAACCAAAUAUCUCUCUUUACACUACUUUACGAGUGUACCUGAUUUUGUACACACAUUCACGUUGUUUCUCAUGAACCUUUAAAGUUUCAAGCGAUAUUUGAAUUUUCUUAUCAAAACUUAGCUUUUCACUCGUUUUCUUAAAUAUUUUAUCACUGAACUCAAAUUUUCAUUCCAACUUCUUUUCAAAGGCAAACUUUUGAGAAUUUUUUCAACUUCUGCCGAAAUUUCCAAACUGAAGUCUCAAAGCUCCACAUUGAACGUCUCAUGUUACAGGCCGGUGGCAACGCGUGAGAAAUCGCACUUUUUCGAGACACCGACCAAAGGAACGCCCAUGCUCAAUGACAGCUACAGGAUCCAAGACUUUUUGGAGACGGGCGAUCAGAAGGAGAGAAACUCCGGGAGACGUUUGGAGAAAGCGCCCGAAGCGACGGUUCUGGUGACGCCGGUCGGACAGUUCCUGAGGACGCCCCAGGGUUCGCAGCCGCCAGCGUCUCUCCGGUUCUCGCAAGUCCCACAGCUUCAACGUAAGCGGAAGCGCUCCUCUUCGAGGUAA